UUCGAUCCAUUCGCUGAACACAGACGGCAAACAAUUGCUGAGAAAGAGGAUGAGUACAGACAAAAGAGGAGGACACUCGUUAUAUCUCCAGAAAGGGUGGAUCCCUUUGCUGAUGGUAAGGAUUUCCCAAAUGGUCUAGCCAAGUUUUUUUUUAAAUAGCUUUAAAGUCAUUAUUUCUUAAUUUUUUUUCAAUGAGAAAUUAUCAGUUCCGUAGAAUUUUGAUCAAAAUUCAUUAAAAAGAAAGUUAAACUGAUAAUUUCUUUGGAGUAUUAUUGAAUAAAACAGGAAUUCAAUAAUAUUCGGAAUGCGCAAAUGAGUGCAUGAGGAUUGCGAGAGAUUGUGUACGAAUGAAUGAAGCAUCUUCUCAGAGAAAGAUGAUAGAUAAAGAAAGAAAAAAAAAACAACCACGAACAAGCGUCUCACAUACCGAUAAUGUUAUUUUCAGAUGGUCAAAAACAACUGUUUCUGAACUACCGAAGCCAUCGAGUUGUAAGCUUCAGGUUCCCCUUUUAGAGAAAAAAAAAGAAACAGCCAGCAAUCACUAAUCUUUUAAAAGAAUUUUUCUCCUUAAAAAUAACAUUUUUGCACUAAAAACAAAGAUUUAAUCAAAAAUUAGUGAUUACUGACUAAUUGAAAUGAUUAUCAAAUCCAUUUUGGUAUUUACAUAAAAUCAUUUCAAAAGCAAAAAAAAAUUGUAUGAGAGGGUGUGAAUGAUUUUCUGCAGAAAGUAUUAAUGAGAACAGAAUUAUUUCAGGCGAUCACUAAAUGUGUUGAGAACAUUUAUUAGAAUGUUUUACCUAAAAUGGAAAGCCACUCGGUGCACGUGGAAAAACUCCAGAUGUUGGUUCACGUACAUUUACGGAGAUUAUGCGAGAGCAAAUGCUCAAAGGAGAAGAAACAGAGCUUCGUAAGAAAAUCCUGGAUAAAGCAAGAGAUGGCACGUUGAAAAUCAGCAAUGGAGAAGCUCAAAAAGGAGAGACCCGUAAGCGUGGACGCUGGGAUCAGACCAUUGAUAAUUUUGUUCCUGCAAAGAAAUCUCUUCCGGGAGCAGCUACACCCACUUGGGGGGAAGAUAAAACUCCCGGAGAUCAUCGCUGGGAUGAGACACCUGGACACAAAGGCAGUGAAACACCUGGAGCAACCCCCGGACAGAGUACCCGCAUGUGGGAUGCAACACCAGCUCAUGCAACGCCAGGACGCGCAGAGACGCCGGCUCAUGAGAAGUCAACACGAAGGAAUCGUUGGGAUGAAACGCCGAAGACAGAACGUGAGACUCCGGGUCACAAUAGUGGUUGGGCUGAGACCCCACGAGCUGAUCGUACGGGGCAGGAUGUGAUAAGUGAAGCAACAACCCCCGGAACAGCCAGCAAGAGGCGUUCACGGUGGGAUGAGACACCAUCCAAUGCUACACCGUCGCUUCCUUCGGCCACAAUGACACCCAGUAUGACGCCCAGCAUGACUCCACACGCUACUCCAGGGCAUGCAACACCCCUCCUCACACCCGGAGGAUCCACACCUGUUGGGCAUAAGGCCAUGGCAAUGGCUACUCCAACCCCCGGGCACUUGGCAGCAAUGACACCGGAACAGCUGCAGGCGUAUCGCUGGGAGAAGGAGAUCGAUGAGCGCAAUCGUCCAAUAACUGAUGAUGAAUUGGACGCAAUGUUCCCACCUGGGUACAAAGUUCUCCCCCCACCAGCUGGUUACAUCCCCCUGAGGACUCCGGCAAGAAAACUCACUGCAACCCCAACACCCAUUGCUGGAACACCCCAAGGAUUCUUCAUUCAGGUGGAGGAUAAAGCGGCGAAGUUUGUGGACAAUCAACCAAAGGGGAAUUUGCCGUUUAUGAAGCCAGAAGAUGCUCAGUAUUUUGACAAAUUGCUUAUUGACGUGGAUGAGGAAUCGCUCAGUCCGGAGGAGCAGAAGGAGCGUAAGAUAAUGAAGUUGCUGCUGAAGAUUAAGAAUGGAACACCGCCAAUGCGGAAGGCUGCACUGCGUCAGAUUACGGAUAAAGCACGAGAAUUCGGUGCGGGGCCGCUAUUCAAUCAAAUUCUUCCCCUACUUAUGAGUCCAACACUUGAGGAUCAGGAAAGGCAUCUUCUCGUGAAGGUGAUUGAUAGGAUUCUGUACAAAUUGGACGAUUUAGUACGUCCGUAUGUGCACAAGAUCUUGGUCGUGAUUGAACCGCUGCUGAUCGAUGAGGACUACUAUGCACGUGUUGAGGGGAGAGAGAUCAUUUCGAAUUUAGCAAAAGCAGCUGGAUUGGCAACAAUGAUCUCCACAAUGAGACCUGAUAUUGAUAAUAUUGAUGAAUACGUGCGAAAUACCACAGCUAGGGCUUUUGCCGUGGUUGCAUCGGCUCUGGGCAUACCGUCGUUGCUGCCCUUCCUGAAGGCCGUGUGCAAGAGUAAGAAAUCCUGGCAGGCACGUCACACGGGUAUUAAGAUCGUUCAGCAAAUUGCUAUUCUCAUGGGAUGCGCCAUUUUGCCGCAUCUCAAGUCUCUCGUUGAAAUUAUUGAGCAUGGAUUGGUGGAUGAACAGCAGAAGGUACGCACGAUCACAGCUCUGGCAAUUGCAGCACUCGCAGAAGCAGCCACACCGUAUGGUAUUGAGUCCUUUGAUUCCGUUCUCAAGCCCCUGUGGAAGGGUAUCCGGACACAUCGUGGAAAGGGUCUGGCGGCCUUCCUCAAGGCCAUUGGCUAUCUAAUCCCCCUCAUGGAUGCCGAAUAUGCCAACUACUACACACGUGAAGUGAUGCUGAUUCUCAUUCGUGAAUUCCAGUCUCCGGAUGAGGAGAUGAAGAAGAUUGUGCUGAAGGUGGUGAAGCAGUGCUGUGCCACAGACGGUGUGGAGGCACAAUACAUCAAAGAUGAGAUUUUGCCGCACUUUUUCAAGCACUUCUGGAAUCACCGGAUGGCCCUUGAUCGUCGAAACUAUCGCCAAUUGGUGGAUACAACGGUGGAGAUUGCCAAUAAAGUGGGCGCAUCGGAGAUUAUUAAUAGAGUUGUGGAUGAUCUGAAGGAUGAGAAUGAGCAGUACAGGAAGAUGGUGAUGGAGACAAUUGAGAAGAUUAUGGGAAAUCUCGGAGCAGCUGAUAUUGAUUCGCGUCUCGAGGAGCAACUUAUUGAUGGGAUUCUCUAUGCGUUCCAGGAGCAAACAACCGAAGACGUUGUGAUGCUCAAUGGCUUUGGAACGAUUGUUAAUCAACUGGGGAAGCGUGUGAAGCCGUACUUACCCCAAAUUUGCGGUACAAUCCUCUGGCGUCUGAACAAUAAGUCAGCCAAAGUGCGUCAACAGGCAGCCGAUUUGAUAUCGAGAAUUGCUGUUGUGAUGAAAACGUGCCAGGAGGAGAAGCUGAUGGGACAUUUGGGUGUGGUGUUGUAUGAGUACUUGGGUGAGGAGUAUCCGGAAGUUUUGGGCUCAAUUUUGGGUGCCCUGAAGGCGAUUGUUAAUGUCAUUGGAAUGACAAAGAUGACGCCACCAAUUAAGGAUCUUCUCCCACGUCUCACGCCCAUCCUCAAGAAUCGCCAUGAAAAAGUCCAGGAGAACUGUAUUGAUCUCGUGGGGAGGAUUGCUGAUCGUGGCCCAGAGUAUGUGUCAGCACGUGAAUGGAUGAGAAUUUGCUUUGAACUCCUGGAGUUGCUGAAGGCCCACAAGAAGGCAAUUCGGAGGGCAACAGUCAACACUUUUGGCUACAUUGCAAAGGCAAUUGGGCCCCAUGACGUACUUGCGACCCUUCUGAACAAUCUCAAAGUGCAGGAACGACAGAAUCGUGUGUGCACAACUGUUGCCAUUGCAAUUGUGGCUGAAACAUGCCGCCCAUUCACCGUCUUGCCAGCACUUAUGAAUGAAUAUCGAGUGCCGGAGUUGAAUGUGCAGAAUGGUGUACUCAAAUCACUUUCAUUCCUCUUUGAGUAUAUUGGGGAAAUGGGAAAGGACUACAUCUAUGCCGUUUGCCCGCUGCUUGAGGAUGCCCUGAUGGACAGAGAUCUCGUGCACCGGCAGACAGCGUGUGCUGCCAUCAAACACAUGGCUCUGGGAGUUUAUGGGUUUGGCUGCGAAGACGCCCUCGUGCACCUCCUAAACUACGUCUGGCCCAAUAUCUUUGAGACAUCACCGCAUCUCGUGCAAGCUUUCAUGGAUGCCGUCGAGGGACUUCGUGUGGCUCUUGGGCCAAUUAAAAUUCUUCAGUACACACUGCAGGGCCUAUUUCAUCCAGCCCGAAAAGUGCGUGAAGUUUACUGGAAAAUCUACAAUUCCCUCUAUAUUGGUGGACAGGAUGCCCUUGUUGCUGGAUAUCCCCGGAUUUCCAAUGAUCCCAAAAAUCAAUAUGCUCGAUAUGAUUUGGACUAUUGUCUGUAAGAUCACCCUUUUAAACAAACUUCAACAGCAGCCUUUGGCACAUUAUAGAGAAUUAAAUUAAGUAUAAUAAUAUUGUUUAAUAAAUGUAAAAUGGGAAUUUGUUGUGGAGAUUCCAUUUAAAUUUUUUGCUUGAGUAAGAAAAAUUCAAUCAAUUUCAUUUUUUCCGUAGAAAUUAACAAAGAAAUAAAUAAAAGUAGAGAGAUUUAAAAAGCUCAAUGAAAA